AGUUAAACAAUAAAUAUAUGGUUGUGGAAUGUGUUUGGUCAUAAGUCAUUGGCCUUUCUAUGUUAUAAUUCUAUUUUCAAACUGACCUGCUCUCCCUUGGUGCACAGUCAAGUCAGGGGGGACGGUCUAUUAAUACCACCAGCUGGUGUGUUGUGAGCCAGAAGGAGGACGAGGCACAUGUGCAGAGUACGGCUGGUGACGCUGUGUGUUGUGACAUGGCCUGCAGAACGAACACUGAGCCGCCACAUCAGAGCUUUCGAUUGCCUGUUCUCUCUGAAGAGGGGGAUGAAUCUGCUUUACACGUGAGUGACCCUGACCCUGGUGUCCCUGAUGCUACUCUACGAGUAGAAGCUGAGAGUUUUUACGUCAACCGCCAAUGUCUGGCCCGCCAGAGCCCCUACUUCAGGGCUCUGUUCUUUGGCAGUGGUGUAGAAAGCAAACAAAGGAGAGUCGAAAUUAAAGGUGUGGGUAUGCAGCCUUUCAGGGUUUUGAUGGAGCACAGCAGGACGUGCAGGCUGGUUUUGGACAGAGAAAACGUUCUGGGGAUCCUUGUGACCGCAGACUUUCUCCAGCUUGAGCGAGCCCGGCUGCUGUGCUGCAAGUUCCUGGAGCGCGAGUUGCACCUCAGUAAUUGUUUAGGAAUGAUGGCCUACGCUUGGCAGCUGGGCUGCACUCAGCUCUAUGCCGCUGCACGACAGGUCACGCUCACACACUUUUCUGCUAUCAUCGCUGAAGAGGACUUCCUGUCCCUAUCUAAGGAGGCCGUGGCAGAUCUUCUCGCCAGUGAUGACCUGGGCAUUAAUAAAGACGAUCUGGCCCUGGAGGCCAUCCUACGUUGGGUAUCAUUUGACCAUAAACGAGAGGAACACUUUCUUGAGCUCAUUGAGCUGCUGAGGCCUGAGUCUCUCUCUUUACCAUUUAUCACUCAACUUUUGACCAGAAUGAAAAGCUCUGACCCCAGGGCAAAGCUCAUCUACAAGAUGAACGAACAUUACCCAGCAUCUUGGUCAGUAGGCCGCUCAUUGAGGAGGACCAGGGCCAGAGACACCCUCUUUGUCCUGGGUGGACCUCACGAUCAGGAGCAACAGGCACUCUACCAAUUUCACCCUCCCAGCGGUAGAUGGCAGAGCUGUGCACCGCUGCAGAGGAAGAACCUCACACAGUACUCUGUGGCUGCAGUAGGAGACAAUGUGGUUGUGACAGGUGGCUUCUGUCGGGAUGUGCUGUGGUUCAGCGUGGACUGGGUCAGGAUAUACGAAUGUGGGAACCAACGCUGGGUGGACGCGCCAGCCUUGCAGAAGUCCAGACACAGCCACUGCUCCAUAGGGCUGGGCUCAGCACUGUAUGUCCUGGGAGGCAGUAUGGAUGAAGGGCUUGUGGCCGAUGUAGAAAGGCUGGUCCUGGGGUCAGAGGAGGGUUGGGAGGGGGUCAGCCCCAUGGUGAGAGCCGUGGAGAGGGCAGCCGCCGCUGCUCUGGGGUUGUGUAUUUAUGUGGCUUGUGGCCUGGAUGAAAAUGGGGAGGCGUUUGGUGGAAUUCAGAGGUACGUGGUGAAGGAGGAUCAGUGGGAUGUGGUAUCCUAUUCUCCAUUUCCACGAUAUGACCUGGUCGCCACUGAGCUCAACGGUGCCCUCUACCUGUUUGGAGGUCAAAGCUUACGCUUUGACGUGGAGACAGAUGAGUGGACUGUGCUGGAGGAGGAAUCACUGGACAGGAAGUUCUUCUGUGGCUGCACCACAGUCAGCGGCCAGAUGUACCUGGUCAGUGAGAGGAAGAGCACCAGAGCCUUUCCAAACAUGGUGCUGGUGGACCCUUACAUAGACACAUGCAUUGAGGUGGAUGAUGCCAUACCCUGCCCUGUGCCACUAAGAGGGUGUGUAACCAUGAGAAUGGUCAUGUGAAGGUAUGUGAUGAAAUGAAAAGCAUAAACAAAUGUCAUUCUCGCUUGAAGAGAACCAUUUCCAUGCAAUCGGUUGUGAUUUUUCUCGAUGAAAUACAU